AUGCCUGCAACGAAACUUUACGAGGGGAUCAAGGUUGGGCGCAUGAACCUGUCCCAUCGCAUGGCCAUGGCGCCUAUGACCCGUUUUCGGGCAGAUGACGCGCAUAUUCCUUUACCUAUGGUCAAGGAAUACUAUGAGCAGCGCGCAGCUGUUCCUGGUACUUUGAUCAUCACCGAAGCGACCUUCAUAUCCCCACAGGCUGGCGGUUUCACCAAUGUCCCUGGCAUUUACAGCCAGGCGCAGAUAGACGCAUGGCGGCAAGUGACCGAUGCUGUACAUGCGAGAGGCUCAUAUAUAUACCUGCAGCUCUGGGCUUUGGGACGUGCAGCUGAUGCUACAGUCCUCAGCGCUCAAGGUCACAACCUCGUGUCUAGCAGCGCGUCGCAAUUGAGCAGUGAUUCUCCGACUCCAAGGGCGCUGACCGAGGCCGAGAUCCAACAAUACAUCGACGACUACGCCAAAGCCGCUGAGAAUGCUAUCGCUGCAGGCUUCGACGGCGUCGAAAUUCAUGGGACCAACGGGUUUCUUAUCGAUCAGUUCAUACAGGAUACCUGCAACAAGCGCAAAGAUGCGUGGGGUGGAAGUGUUGAGGGCCGCGCAAGAUUUGCGCUGGAGGUGACACGUGCCAUUGUUGGCACCAUCGGAGCCGACAGGACCGCUAUCCGUCUGGGACCGUGGAGCAAAUUCCUGGGCAUGCGCAUGGAUGAUCCCAUCCCACAAUUCACCUACCUGGCAAAGAAGCUGGCCGAAUUCAAGCUGGCCUACUUACACUUAGUAGAGUCUCGGAUCUCGGGCGACGCUGACGUCCAGUCAGCCGAAGAACUGGAGUUCUUGAUCCAUGCCUACGGCCAUGCGAGUCCAGUCGUCAUCGCGGGCGGUUACAAUGCUGACUCGGCCCGGCAAGCUGUCGACCUGCAGUACAAGGAUCAAGAAAUCAUCAUUGCCUUUGGCAGACCGUUCACUUCAAACCCUGAUUUACCAUUCAGGAUUAUCGCUGGCAUGGACCUGCGCCCUCAUGAUCGGGGUGGCUUUUACUUGCGUCAGGAAAGUCAGGGUUACAUAGACUACGACUUUAGCGAAGAAUUCAAAGCCCUUUGUGGCUUUUGA